AUGGACAACUCAGCUGUUGUAUAUUCAAGCAAUCAGCUAAAGCUGGCUAAUGAUGCGAUGCUCAUCUAUUGGUUGGUUGUAAUGCAUGUAGGGUGUGAAGUAUACAACCUGGGGACAGGAAAGGGGACAUCGGUGUUAGAAAUGGUGGCAACAUUCGAGAAGGUUCCUGGCAAGGUAGCUUACUUGAACCAUAGUGCAUGCAUAUAUGUUCGCCAACAUAUGGAUCUUUUGUUCAUCCAACUGAUUGUUAGAUUGGCUGAUUCUGUACAUAAAAUCCCUUUGAUGCUUACUGGGCAAAGACCUGGAGACGCAGAGAUCGUCUAUGCCGCAACUGCCAAGGCAGAGAAAGAGCUCAAAUGGAAGGCAAAGUAUGGGAUCGAGGAGAUGUGCAGAGAUCUGUGGAACUGGGCAAGCAAGAACCCAUACGGCUAUGCUGGAUCACGCCACUACAACAAAUGA